UAGGUCUCUGCCUUGAUGGUGAUACGUGUGGCUCCCUUUGUCUAAAACCAAAAGCUACAUUUUUAUCAACUUCAAGCUCUUCCUUUUUCCUCAAUCUCUCUGUCCAUUACAUCUUCAUGGAAUCAAGCAAAAACAGCACAUUAAGAGUGCUUGAAGUUUGUCAAGUUACUCCUUCUCCAGAUUCACCGGAAUCCGCCGCUGAAUUAUCUCUUCCGCUUACCUUCUUCGACACUUUCUGGAUCAAAUUCCACCCAGUUGAGCGUAUUUUCUUCUACCAACUCACUGGUUUAACCUCUGCCCAUUUCAUCUCAGUUAUUCUUCCUAAACUUAAGACCUCGCUCUCUCUUGCUCUCCUCCAUUACCUACCCGUCGCCGGAAACCUCGUUUGGCCGUCAGAUGCUGCCAAACCUUUCAUUCUUUAUACCCCACAAAACGAUUCCGUUUCCAUCACAGUGGCAGAGUCUGACGCCGACUUUAACCAUCUUUCGGGAAAUGAAAUUCGUGAAACUGUUCAGUCACAUCCUUUUAUACCGGAAUUACCUGUCGAUGACUCAACGGCGUCAAUUAUAGCGUUUCAAGUAACUAUAUUCCCUGGUCAAGGUUUUUGCAUUGGUGUUUCCUCUCACCAUGCCAUUCUUGACGGCAAAAGCGUCACCAUGUUCUUGAAAGCAUGGGCUCAGCUCUGCAAAUCUGCACCGAUAAGUCUUCCGCCGGAGCUAACUCCGUUUUUUGAUCGAACUAUCGUUCAAGACCCAGAAGGAAUUGACAUGGUGUACUUGAACGAGUGGUUAAAUAUGGCUCCUGGAGGAUAUUCAAAAAGCUUGAAGCAAUUUCCUAAUUUUGGACCGUCACCAGAAUCCGACCGAGUACGAGGAACAUUCGAAUUGUCUCGUGAAGAUAUAAAAAAACUCCGACAAAAGAUACUAUCAGAUUACCAGUUGGAAACAAGCUCCAUGCAUUUAUCAGCUUUCGUGCUAUCUUUUGCGUAUACAGCACUCGCCAUUUUCAAAGCAAAAGGAUUCCAAGGAAAUAAAAAGGUUCUUUUUGGAAUUAACGCAGACUGCAGAAACCGAUUAGACCCGCCGUUACCGGCGAACUAUUUCGGCAACUGUGUCAGUACCUAUAUAGUAGAAACAGAAGGGGAAAAUAUUAUACGAGAAAAUGGGCUUUUAUUUGCUGUAGAAAAGCUUAGUGAGGGGAUUAAAAGGUUAGAGAAAGGAGCUCUUGAUGGAGCCAAAGAGAAGAUUUCUUAUUUCAAGAGCUUCGAACCGGGUUCAGUGGAAGGAGUUGGGGUUGCCGGGUCACCUAAAUUUGGGGUUUAUUCGAUGGAUUUUGGGUGGGGGAAGCCGAAGAAAGUGGAGGUUACGUCCAUUGAUAGGACCAUUGGGACAAUUUCCAUGGCGGAAAGCAGAGAUGGGAGUGGUGGAGUUGAAGUUGGUGUGGUCUUGACGAAGCAUGAUAUGGAGAAUUUUAAUUCGCUGUUUGUUAACGGUCUUAAAGAUCUUUGAGGUUAGGGAAACAAAAUUUAUUUACUACUACUUGUUGUUUAGUUCUUAAAUUAUUGCUUUUGCUACAUGGAAAUUAUUUUCGUUCUAAAAUGAAAUAUGGAGAAAAUUUGCA